CCAGAGGGAAUUAGGAAAGAUCUGUAGCCGUUGAAGGUUAGAGUGUGACACACAUCGGGAUCGUCCACGUGGAAAUCAGAGGCGGCGGCUUGGCGAAAGGUCUUGGUCAUGGAAGGUCCUUUGCUAAGUCUACAUCAUUUUUCUGAUGGGCUGGGCUGUAUAACAACAAUGAAGUGUUGUCUUAAAAGAAAAUAAUGAUAACACUGGGCCAACAGAAGCCCGAUGGGCUAGCUGCAUACUAGUAAAGUGCCGUCUAGAAAAUAAAUAUAAUACUGGGCCGAGGGCCCAAAACUCCAUUGUCCAGUCCAUUCCCAAGCGGAGAGCUCCCUCGCUACACUGUUUGCUCUCUUGAGUUUUGAGGGGGGAAGGUAGAAGUAGAAUUAUGGCGGAUGCUAAUACGGGCACGGGGGCCGAGGUUUCUCUGAACAUGACCAUAUAUAUCAAAAACCUCAACGAGAAAAUAAAAAUUGACGAGUUGAAGAAAUCGCUGCACGCAGUCUUCUCCCAGUUCGGGAAGAUACUGGAGGUAUUGGCGUUCAAGACACUGAAGCAUAAAGGGCAGGCUUGGGUUGUUUUUGAGGACGUUAGUGCUGCAACCAAUGCGAUUAGGAAAAUGCAGGAUUUCCCCUUCUAUGACAAGCCUAUGAGAAUACAAUUUGCAAAAACUAAGUCGGAUAUCAUAGCAAAGGCUGAUGGUACUUUUGUUCCUCGAGAAAGACGAAAGAAGCAUGAAGAUAGGGGUAAAAAGAGAAAAGAGCAGCAUGAAGCAGGAAUGGGUGUGAACCCUGCUUAUGGUGGUGGUGCCUAUGGUGCAAUGCCUCCUUUAUCACAGAUUCCUUACCCUGGUGGUGCAAAAUCCAUGGUCCCUGAGGCUCCAGCUCCUCCAAAUAACAUACUGUUUAUCCAGAACCUUCCUUACGAGACAACUCCAUUGAUGCUGCAAAUGCUGUUCUGCCAGUAUCCUGGCUUCAAGGAGGUUAGAAUGGUGGAAACAAAACCAGGGAUUGCCUUUGUAGAGUACGAAAAUGAGAUGCAAUCAACGGUGGCAAUGCAGGCACUCCAGAGUCUUAAAAUUAACCAGCAGUGCCCUCCAAUGUUAAUAACCUAUGCCAAGAAAUAGAUAGACAUUUUUGGCUUUGCCAUUCAAGCAAGAAGGUGGCUGCAGUUGAGGAUUUCCAGCUAAAGCCCAGCACGACUUUGUUGCUUCUUGGUUUUUCUCUUCUGCUGGAGGUUUAAAGUGUUAAUGCAUCCUUGCAGCUGAUAUGGUUCUCUUGGAUGUAUGAGACUCUGAUCUUUUGGUUCAUAGUUCUAUUUGUAGUGCUGUGAAUGUUUUAAAAUUUGGUAGAUUUCUUGUAUUUUGGACUAAGGAGAAUUAUAGGAGGUUUCAAACCUUAUUUACCAAACUUGGCCAGGUGUAAAAUCAGCCAAAUGGUUUGCAAUUUUGAAAUGGUGAAGUUGACCAUAGUUACUCUU